AGCAGCGGCGCUCGGCCUGGACAAGGGUGAAGGUGACUCGCCUGUUGGUGCGCGAGAUGCAGAGGAAGCGUCGCGGACACUCGCUCCGCUCCUUAAAAUCACUCUAAUCAUCGACAACCUGCGUCCACCUCACCUUCUCCUCGAUGACACACGGAUUAAAGCCAUUUUCUAAGUGAAGGGGUUUUAUUCGUGGAUGCGUAUGCAUGUGUUCUGCACCGAACGGGCGAAAGAACCGCCCCAGAUCCGCAGCCAACAUUUUUCAGAUCGGCAAGUCCUCGGUGAGGGAUCCGGAGCGGCGGGAGAGCACCGAGAGCGCGCGAAGAGCUCAGCGGGCGAUGGAUGACUGUCGAACGACGGUUCAGGAGUUCAACACUCUCGUGGCUCUUCAUCGUGAGCAGGUCAUCUCCAUAGGAGAGAAUACAACCGACUGUCCUUCUUUAAGGGCACAGAUGCACAAGACUCGCGUCAAAGGAUGCGCCGUGGCCCAGGCUGCCUAUCAAAACCUCAUUGCAAUCUCUGGGCCAGAGGAUGGCGAAAUCCACCCAGAAAUAUGCAGGCUCUUCAUCCAGCUUCAGUGCUGUCUGGAGAUGUACAUUACAGAGAUGCUCAAGUCGAUGUGUCUGUUGGGCGUUCUGCAGCUCCAUAGGAAAGGAAAUGACAUGUGUCCUGAGCUAAACAUGGACUGCAGGGUAGACGAAAGCUCUGAUGUGCCCAUGCUGGAAGAUCGUUCGUCGUCACCGGUGGAUUUUCCACAGGACUCCUGGGUGGUGUGCGCAGACAUUGAGAACAUAGAGAGUGACAUGCGAGAAAUGAGAAACCUUCUAAGCAAACUCAGGGAGACAAUGCCUUUGCCAUUGAAAAAUCAAGAUGACAGCAGUCUGCUGAAUCUGACUCCUUAUCCGCUGGUGAGGCAGAGGAAGAGGCGAUUCUCGGGGCUCUGCUGCCUUGUGUCUGGCUGACCCUUCAAUGCUCUCCAGUCUUCAUCUGAUCAGUUAGUGCUUCACUCGUCUCCUUUAUGUCUCUGGAACCGUUUCGCUAAUGUAACUUGUCUCUGGACAGUGUCAAAACUACUUAAUCAGUUGUUGGAUGACAGAAUCCCCUCGACUCAUAUCCCUGCCUAUUGAAUACCUAAGCUAAAUCAAUUGUCCAAUUUGAGUUACCCAGAGGUUCGUUUGUUUUGUGCUGUGAAACCAUUUGAUUGUAUAAAAAAAGCAAGUGAAUGAAGUAAAAUAAUAACAUCUGUAUCUGAUUUUGUUUUCUCAUAGUCAGAGCUAGUUGUCAGUGAAAUGAAGGGCAGGUUUAAAUGUAAGAUGUGUACUGUUUUUCAUCAGAUUGCUUCUUUUUGUUCUUUUAUAUAUGAAUUUACUCACUGUGCAAUGCUUUUAAUUUAGUCUUCCAUAAAGGGGAAUUGUUGUUUAAAAAAUGGAUACUAGUCAUUUUAUAGGGCACAAGAGCGCUCUGCACUAAAGCCAUUGCUUUCUCAUUCUAAGCUUGAAACAAAUAUAACACAAUAAAAUUCACUAUGUACAUAAUACCAA